AUGACAAAGUUCAAGAUGGAGGUUGUCGCUGCGGUGGCUGCUUGGGCGUUGACGUCUGCCUGCACCGGUCUGCCGGCGGUUCGCGAUCUCGUCCCGGGCCUCUGCCCCCGAGACAUUGACGAGGCGCAGGCGCUGCAGAGCAGUCUGUCGCCCGGCGCCAAGGUGUACUUUCCCGGCUCGCCCGAGUUUGACGAUGCGUCGACGCGCUGGUCUACGCUGAGCCCGCCCACGGUGAAUGUCGUCGUCGUUGCUGCGACGGCCAAGGACGUCUCCGAGACGGUCAAAUAUGCAAACAGGAAGAAGCUGCCGUUCCUGGCGUACAAUAGCGCCCACGGGGCCAUCACCACGCUGGGCAGGAUGAAGUCGGGCGUGGAAAUCUACCUCGACCAGCUCAACACCAUUGAGGUCGCCGAGGAUGGACAGACGGCCACGAUUGGAGGCGGCGCGCUGUCCAAGCACGUGACUGACACACUGUGGGAUGCGGGCAAACAGACAGGCAAUCUCAUGGGGCCGGCGCUUGGUGGUGGCCACGGCUGGCUCCAGGGCCAUCACGGCCUCGUCGCCGACCAGUUUGUGUCCAUGGACGUCGUCUUGGCCGACGGGGAGUUGCAAACCGUUGAUGCCGAGUCGGAUCUCUGGUGGGCGCUCAACGGCGCCGGCCACAAUUUCGGCAUCGUCACAUCCGUGACCACAAAGGUCUACGACAUCGAGCACCGCGACUGGGCCAUUGAAACCAUUGUCUUCUCCGGCGACAAGGUCGGGGCCGUGUACGACGCCGCCAACAAACACCUGCUCCAGAACGGCACCCAGGCCGCCGACGUCAUCAACUGGUCGUACUGGCUGCACGAUGCCGCCGCCGACCCCAACAACCCCAUCAUCCUCUUCUACAUCAUCCAGGAAGGCGUCAAGGCAGUCGACGCCAGGUACACGCAGCCCUUCCACGACCUUGGCCCCGUGGCCGUGACGCCCCUGAGCGGAACGUACAAGGACCUCGCCGGCUGGACGGGCAUUGCGCUCUCGUCCCCCCCGUGCCAGAAGGCCGGGCUGGCCAACCCCCGGUUCCCCAUCUACCUGCAGUCGUACAACGUCGAGGCGCAGGAGGAGGCGUACGAGGCCUUUGCCAACGCGACGCGGGGCUCGUCGGCCUUCAACGGCUCCCUCUUCAUGUUUGAGGGAUACCCCGUGCAGGGCGUGCAGGCCGUCGACGGCGAGUCGAGCGCGUUUGCCUUUCGCGAGGCUCACCUGCUGGCGGCGCCCCUGAUCACCUACAAGCCCGACGGGGCCGAACUCGACAAGGAGGCCGGCCGCCUGGGUAACCGGCUCCGCGAUAUUCUCCACAGGGCCAGCGGCCUGUGCAACGUCCGAGCAUACGUCAACUAUGCCUACGGCAACGAGAACCCCAAGGUGUGGUACGGCAGUGCGAAGUGGCGUCAGGAGCGACUCAAGGAGCUCAAGAAGCAGUAUGACCCUCUGGGCAAGUUUAGCUUCUUCGGGCCAAUCGCGUAG